GCCGCUCCGGGGCGCGGGCCCGCGGCCGCCGCCGGCCGGAUGGAGGAAGAGGAGGAGGAGGAUGGAGGAGGCCGGGCAGCCGCGGGGAGCCCGGCAGCGGCGGCGUUCGGCCGUUUCGUGCGGUGCCUUUACGUGGUGGGAUUCCUGGAUUUAUUUGGUGUGAGCAUGGUUGUUCCUUUAAUGAACCAUCAUAUCAAAUCUCUAGGAGCAAGUCAUACGGUUGCCGGAAUAAUAGGAUCUCUCUAUGGUAUAAUGCAACUAUUUUCCAGUACAUUUGUGGGCUGCUGGAGUGAUAUAGUAGGAAGACGGUAUUCACUGCUCGCUUGUAUUCUUCUCAGUGCACUGGGUUACUUCCUUCUUGGAACAUCCACCACUGUUUUCUUGUUUGCCAUUUCUAGAGUCCCUGUAGGUAUUUUCAAGCACACGCUCUCCAUCUCCAAAGCGCUGCUUUCUGACUUGGUUUCUGAGAGAGAUCGCCCUUUAGUGAUGGGACGCUUCAACGCAGCCUCUAGCGUGGGCUUCAUUCUGGGGCCUGUUGUUGGUGGCUACCUUGUGGAGUUGGAAGAUGGCUUUUAUCAAACGUCCUUUAUCUGUGCCUCUAUCUUCCUUUUGAAUGCUGGUCUUGUCUGGAUGUUACCCUGGAGCGAAGAAAACACUGUCAACAGGGAACAUCAACAAAGCAACAGAGGAACAGACAGUUUCUCAGCAAAAGCAAAUCGUGACCUGCACUUGAAAUCAGCAACUAAUGGAGCUAUGGCAGGCGACAGUGUUUUCCAGUCUCCGUGGAUCCAAGUUGCAACAGUGCUGAAGAGGAUUAAAGGAAUUGCGUGCUCUGACCUGUGGGAUGUAUUUUUAGUGCGGUUGCUGAUGUCUGUCAGUAUACUGCUGUACUAUAGUAAUUUUAGUCUGGCCUUGGAGGAGAGAUUUGAGGUGAAACCCUUGUUCGCUGGAUACCUAAUGAGCUACAGCAGUGCACUUGGAGUCCUGGCUGGUUGUCUGCUCGGACCAAUAACAAGACUCUAUCAGCACAACACUUACAGAAUUUUGUUGCAUUCCAGCACUCUUACCUGCACGCUGAUUUUCCUGUAUGCAUCAGCGCUGAGCAUAUGGAUGGUCAUUUUGUCUUCCACAUUCUUAGCCUUUUCAACUACUAUAGGACGUACUUGUAUCAUUGAUCUUGAAUUGACCAUUGGUGGGAAUGAGGCCAGUGGUACGCUCCUAGGUGUUGGACAGUCUGUGACAUCAGUGGGACGAAUAGUUGCCCCGCUCCUUUCUGGAAUUGCUCAGGAGUUCAGUCCUUGUGGCCCUCCAAGCCUAGGGGUUGCACUAGCUUUAGCAGCGAUUCUGAUAAUGAAUGCAAACAAACAAAAAUACUGUAGCCAUGGAAGUGUUAAGUUGAAAAAUCAAUAGCUGCGAAUUUGGAUCGCGUAGGUGUAUGUUACAGGGGAGGCAGAGUGAAUCAGCCCGGGGUGAUGCUUACACCUGGCAGGCUUGUACAGCGGGAACAGCAUCUUUUAAGAGGGCACGUUACGGUCACGUGGAGGCGAGUACGUACAAGUAUUUCUGCUGCAGGAAAGUUAACUCCUAGACAAAUGUUACUCUAACUGGUACCACUCGAACACUUGUGAGAGGGACAGGUUGUCCUGGCUAGGAUUUUUUAAUGGACUUUGAAACUUUUUGGAGGCGGGGAGAAAAAAAGAAUUACAUGGAAUACACAAAUCCUGCUUGUAGCUCACAUUUGAAACGGUGUUUAGAUUGAUAGAUUGUUAAAAGAUAGAAAUUGAUUCUUAUUAUUUAAUCAGAGGUGAGUUUUUAUCAUUUAAUCAGGAGAAUUUGCAAUAUAGCUCGUUAGCCUUAAUUUCUUAUGCUGUGGCCUGCUGCCAUUUGUCAGCUGUGGCAGUCGUUUAAUUAGCAGGUUGUUUGCUUAUGUGAUUUUGUUAAGCAUACUUUGUCUACAAAACUUGCUGCACAGCAUUGUUAGGCAUUAUUAUUGGGGUAGCCACCUGACCCCUGCUGAUUCCUGGUCUUUCCCAGGUAACAGAAUUGGGCAUAUGCUAAUUUCAUGUAUUAGAAGGCCCAAAAUGGACAAUUUUAGAAUAAUAGGGGGUUAUUUGGACUGAAACUGAGACUGAAUGUAAGCUUUAUUGAAACUUGAGGUGGUGGUUCCUGUUUAAUAAUUUCUACUGAGCAACUUUGUCAUAAAUUAUUCGUUAAUAUUUCCUGUGCAAUUUUUCUACCUUAAUUUUAAGAAUAAAUUUAUUUCUUAAUUCUUUUGAGCGACUGUUAAAGGUGUGCUGGAACAACUAGCAGUAGUUCAUGGGUCUGGAGUAAUGCAUUCUCUCUCAUCUCUGGAGGCAUAGUGACAUUUCAGUGACAAAAGCGUUUAUUUGUUGGAAUUUUAGUCUUCAUUUAUCUGCACUGCUUAACUAAUGAGAUUAGUCUUAGAGCUAUACUGAGAGUUAUAACACUCUGUGCUAUUUACUGUUCAAGCCCAUAUUACUUGCCAGUCACCACUGUUUGCAUUUCAUUUGAAACAUAGAAAAAAUGUAUUUUGCACUGAUAAUGUUACAUAUGCUUUUCCUAGUAUUACUUGAUGAAAGCACAAAGUCAACUAUGUAUAGUCAUUGGUUUGUUUUUUUUUUUUAAUUAAAACCAAUUUAGUUAUCUUCUUAAUCCCAUCCAUACAAAUACUGUUGCUGCUUCAGGAGAGGCAUAGAUGGUAUUUUUCAUUUUUUAUUUCCUUCUUUACAUUUUCCAGUGCCUGCUAUAAUUUAAAUCCUUGUUGAAACCUCAGUGAUUCCAGUGGCAGCACCAUGGGAAUAUGUAUAGAACUCUUGAGUUGUUUUAAUUUUAUAUUUUGACAUAAUAAGUGUGUUUCUUAUUAUUGCUAUGAUUUCAAUACAUUUACUUAGAGUUCCUUAUUGUAAUAAUCUGUGUUUCCUUUCUCUCUAGGAACUCAAGGCAUUUUUAAGUGUCUUAUCUCCUCCUGUCUUGCUUGGUAGAUGCCCCAAAACAUUCUUGCCCUAAAUUUCCUAUUUUCUUUCUUUCCACCUUUUAAAUGUUUUUUCUUUUUUUAUUUAAAACCACCCUUCUGUAAGUCAGGGACUUCUGGUUUGCAGCUAUAACAAGCAGUGAAGGAAAAGAGUAGGGAAAAACCCUGAAAAGUUAAUACAUAUGAAAGAUUUGUUAAUUUUUCCUAUGCUUGUUUCUUAUAUGAGGUAACAUAACAUUUACCCUUCUAAGUUGCUGCACUGAUUAAAGCUUAAUUCUGUAAACACCAUAAAAUUCAGUUUAUACUAACAACUAACAUACACAGCUGCCUGAAUAUGACUUGUAAAAACUUCACUGGUCUUGUUUAUAUGCAAGUGAAAAAGGUGCUCUCCAGAGUCAAGAAAGAUUUUCAUUUUUUUUUUGAAAAAUAGUUCUCCAUAUAAGCUAAAUAAAAAUGAAAUUAAAUAAUCACAUCGAGAAAUCUGUGGAAGGCUGUGGUCUCAGGGACAUACUGCAACUGAUGUUACAGAAGAAAAGUUUUUUAUUUGUAGGCCAAAAUGAUUUCUGAAGUGCUGCAGGGACAUUUCUUCUUUGUAAAGCCUCAGUUACAGAAAAGUUGCACUUUUAAGGAAUAGAAAUAAAGUGAAGUGACAUUCUCUGUC